AUGUCGUAUCUUCAUUUGGCAUCAGCUGCCAAUUCGUCUUCAUCGACGACACCGUCAUCAUAUUUACAUGUUAAUAGUAAUGGUGGAGUAUCAACAGUACCGUCGACGAUCGGUUCAAACUCUUCAUCGUUAUUCGGUUCGGUUGGUGGCGGAAAACAAUGGACGACGAUCGGACAGCCAUCAUCGUCACCGUCGUCAUCAUCGUCAUUGGCACAACAAUUACUGUUGAAACAGCAACAACAACAACAGUUGCUUAAUAAUCAGCAAACCAAUUCGUUGAGUUCAUCUUCAUCAUCGUCGCAUUUUGAAAGUAUUCUAGGACUAACGAUGGCAUCGGCACUAUCAUCUCAAGCACAGAUGGAAAAAAAUUUUGAAUUGCAACAAGAAGAUUUUCCUCCAUUACCACAUCGAAGUAAUUCCCAUGAACCAACAACACCAUCAUCGUCAUCUACGAAUAUUCAAUCACUCUAUCAAAAUCAGUUCUCUUCAACAUCAUCGACAUCAACAUCCAAUCAUCAUCAACCAAUUACUAACGGAUAUGGCUCAUCUCAGCAACAACAGCAUUCACAAUCACAAUCACCGAUAUCAUUUAAAACAUCCAUCGAUGCGCUGAAUACCUUGAUAAGUCGACAUCAAACAGCAGGUAACAAUAAACCGAUAUCGUUAGCCAAUAAUUCAACAACGUCAGCCUCAACAUCCUCGUCGUCAACUACAACAGCAAUAUCGAAUCCACAACAAGUAUCUAAUACAUCAUCAUCAACACCUGGCACAACAAAUAUGAAUGGUUUGCCACCAACAGCCAUAACGGAUCAAUAUGGUCUGGUUGGUCUGUUACAAAUCAUCCAGCAAACCGAGAAGAACCCUGAUAUAUCGCCAUUGUUGAAUUGUGAUCUGACUACGCUAGGAUUGAGUAUGGAGAGUCAAAGUGAUCUAUAUCCAUCGUUUCUUUCUCCGUUCUCCGAUAGUCAAGCUCGUCCCUAUGAAAUUGAUUACCAAGUCCCAUUUGAAUAUCAGAUGGGCAUGCAAAUACGUGACAAAUUGCCUCCACUGAAUUUCAACACAUUAAAUGAGGAUACAGUAUUUUUUUUAUUUUAUUUAUUUGGUAAUGAUCAUGUGCAACUGUUAGCUGCUGCAGAAUUAUAUCGACGAGACUGGCGUUAUCAUAAAGAGGAGCGCAUCUGGUUGACUCGAAUAAAGAAUGUCAUGCCAGAUCAAAAAUAUGAUGCAUAUGAAACAGGUGUUUAUUUCGUAUUUGAUGUACAACUUUGGCGUAAGACACAUAAAAGUAUGCGAAUUGAUUACGACAAAUUGGAUGUGAAUCCGGCAACGAAACAACAGCAACAACAAGAUUUGAUUACUUCCAAACUAUUUCAACAACAAUCAAGUGUACAACAACAGCAGCAGCAGCAACAACAACAACAACAACAACAACAAUAUGCGCCUGUGUCAUCAUACAACUCGAAUCCUUCGAGAUAG